AUGGCGUGCGUGAAGUUGGGAUCUAAAUCUGAAGUCUUUCACCUUGAUGGCCAAACUUGGCUUUGCUCAACUGGACUUCCCAGUGACAUUGUCGUUGAAGUCGGAGAAACAUCUUUCCAUCUCCACAAGUUUCCUUUGCUGUCUAGAAGUGGAUUGCUAGAGAAUGUUAUCGGAGAAGUUUCUAGCGAGGAUGAGCAGGAGUGUAUUGUGCAACUGCAUGACAUUCCUGGUGGAGCCAAAUCAUUCUUGCUGGUAGCCAAAUUUUGUUAUGGUGUGAGAAUAGAACUCAAUGCGUCAAAUGUAGUUAGUUUGAGGUGUGCGGCUGAGUAUCUUCGUAUGGGUGAAGACUAUGGAGAGGGAAAUCUCAUAACAAAAGCAGAGGAUUUUCUAAACGAAAUCUUUAGCAAUUGGAGUGAUUCCAUUAAAGCACUUGAAACCUGCGAAGAGGUAUUGCCUCAUGCCGAAGAGCUUCAUCUUGUUUCAAGAUGCAUCAAUUCAUUGGCAAUGAAAGCUAGUGCUGAUCCAGGUUUAUUCAGUUGGCCUGUGUCGGGAAAGGAUGCAACGGAGAGCUCAGAAGGCGUGGCGUUUUGGAAUGGAAUAUGCACAACAGCCAAGCCACAUCCAGUCAGUGAGGAUUGGUGGUAUGAAGAUGUCUGCUCCCUAAAGUUUCCUCUUUAUAAAAGACUGAUUCUGGCUGUUGAAUCAGGGAGCAUGAAGCCAGAGAGGAUUGCCGGCUCCAUCAUGCACUAUGCAAAGAGGCAUCUAUCCUUGUUGGGUAGGCAAUCGAGUUUUCGAAAUGGAAACCAUGCUGCCUCUUUAUCAACUGUUUCUGCUCCAUCUAAUCCAGACCAAAGGAAUCUCCUUGAAGAGAUAGUGGAAUUACUUCCUGAUCAGAAGGGUGUCACACCAACCAACUUCCUGCUUAGGCUUCUGCGGACAUCUAUGAUUUUGCAAGCUAGCACAUCAUGUCGAGAGAAUUUGGAGAGACAGGUUGGGGCCCAAUUGGAUCAAGCAGCUCUUGAAGAUCUCUUGAUACCAAACAUGGGGUACUCAGUGGAGACCCUCUAUGAUACUGACUGCGUUCAGCGGAUUCUUGAUCACUUCAUGCUUACGGACGGCGAUUCGAUUGAGUGUACUUCGAGCUGCAUAGUGGAUGAGGGCCAGUUGAUGGGUGCAUCUCAUUCACUGACCCCAAUGACCAUGGUAGCUAACCUGGUGGAUGGCUAUCUUGCAGAGGUGGCACCUGAUGUUAACUUGAAGUUGCAAAAAUUUCAGUCUCUAGCUGCUGUUAUCCCUGAAUAUGCCAGACCAUUAGACGAUGGAAUUUACCGUGCUAUCGAUAUAUACCUCAAGGCCCAUCCCUGGCUAACAGACUCCGAGAGGGAACAAGUCUGCAGGCUCAUGAACUGCCAGAAGCUCUCACUGGAAGCCAGCACACAUGCAGCCCAGAAUGAGAGGCUACCGCUCCGUGUCAUUGUCCAAGUUCUGUUCUUUGAACAACUUCGGCUGCGCACAUCAGUUGCCAGUUGGUUCUUUGUAUCUGACAACCUUGAGAACUCACAAAACCAGAGUGGGAAUCUUGUGCUUGGUCGAAAUGAGGCAUCUGCUCACGCUGGCACCGCUCGGCGUGAUCAUACUGUGACCGUUGAUGACAUGAGGGAACGAGUUUCUGAGCUAGAGAAGGAGUGUUUGAGCAUGAAACAAGAGAUGGAGAAACUGGUGAAGACAAAGGGGAGCUGGAACACAUUCUUGAAAAGGUUUGGUUUGAGACUCAAGUCAAAAUCUGAUGCCAAAAAAGCAUCCAAGCCCCGCAGUGAUUCCAAAGAAGCACCUACAUCUAUAGCACCACCACUUAUGAAAGGAAAACAAGAUUUUGAAAAUAAUGAAUUAAGAGAUUGA